ACGCGCUGGACCCAGUGCUCCCCGCGGGCAGCGGGGGCCCCCAGGCCGGCCGGCUCCCACCCCCGCCCGCCGCCCCCCCUGCCGCACCUGGAUGGUACCUCCCGCCGGCGGCGCGGGCACUUUCUGAACUAGCCAGGAAGGGGCGACUCCGGGGGGGCGGGGGGCGCCGAAGUCUGUAUGGAAUUACCUGCGCCCGCGGUGAACUUGGCACCGGUGCAUGGAUGGGCAUCGCGUCCUCCGCGCUCGCCUCUAGCCCCGCCGGAGGAGUAAAAAACGUGGAUUCUCCGAAUACGCAUUGUGAUGACCGGCAAAUACCUUGCUGACUGAUCUCACGAGCGGAAUAUUUGGGAAGACUUUUGUGGGGAGUAGCCUUGGAGAGCUGGAAGAUGAAAGCUCCUAUUUCACACUUGAUUCUCUUGUGUGCUACUCUAACUCAGAGCUUGAAGGUUGUGACCAAAAGGGGAUCAGCUGAUGGAUGCACUGACUGGUCUGUGGAUUACAAGAAAUAUCAAGUUCUAGUGGGAGAACCUGUUCGUAUAAAAUGUGCACUGUUUUAUGGAUAUAUUAGAGCUAACUACUCCCUAGCCCAAAGUGCUGGACUUAGUUUGAUGUGGUACAAAAGCUCUGGACCUGGAGAUUUCGAGGAACCUAUAGCUUUUGAUGGAACUAGAAUGAGCAAAGAAGACGACUCCAUUUGGUUUCGGCCAACAGUGGUACAAGACAGUGGGCUUUAUGCAUGCGUUAUAAGAAACUCCACUUACUGUAUGAAAGUGUCCAUUUCUCUGACGGUGGGUGAAAAUGACACUGGACUCUGCUACAAUUCAAAGAUGAAAUAUUUUGAAAAAGCUGAACUUAGCAAAAGCAAGGAAAUCUCAUGCCCUGAAAUAGAGGAUUUUUUAUUUCCAUUUAGGGAGCCCGAAAUUCUGUGGUAUAAGGAAUGCAAGUCAAAGACGUGGAGACCAAGUAUUGUGUUUAAAAAGGACACUCUUGUCAUUCGGGAAGUUAGAGAGGAUGACAUUGGAAAUUACACUUGUGAGUUAAAAUAUGGAAUCUUUGUUGUCAGAAGAACUACGGAAUUAACAGUUACAGCGCCACUAACAGAUAAACCACCAAAGCUUUUACACCCUUUGGAGAGUAAGCUAACAGUUCAGGAGACCCAGUUAGGCGGUUCUGCUAAUCUAACCUGCCGAGCUUUCUUUGGAUAUAGUGGAGAUGUCAGUCCCUUAAUUUACUGGAUGAAAGGAGAGAAGUUUAUCGAAGAUUUGGAUGAUAGUCGAGUCUGGGAAAGUGACAUCAGGGUUCUCAAGGAACAUCUCGGGGAACAGGAGGUUUCCAUCUCAUUAAUUCUGGACUCUGUGGAAGAAGGAGAUCUGGGGAAUUACUCAUGCUAUGUUGAAAAUGGAAAUGGACGCCGACAUGCUAGUAUACUUCUGCAUAAAAGGGAGCUGAUGUAUACAGUUGAGCUUGCUGGUGGGCUUGGUGCUAUUCUGCUGCUGCUUGUUUGUUUAGUGACUAUCUACAAGUGUUACAAGAUAGAGAUUAUGCUCUUCUACAGGAAUCAUUUUGGAGCUGAAGAACUAGAUGGAGACAACAAAGAUUACGAUGCAUAUCUAUCCUAUACCAAAGUGGAUCCUGACCAGUGGAAUCAAGAAACUGGAGAAGAAGAAAGAUUUGCUCUUGAGAUCCUACCGGAUAUGCUUGAAAAGCAUUAUGGGUACAAAUUGUUCAUACCAGAUAGGGAUUUGAUUCCCACAGGAACUUAUAUUGAAGAUGUGGCAAGAUGUGUAGACCAAAGCAAGCGACUGAUCAUCGUCAUGACUCCAAAUUACGUGGUAAGAAGAGGCUGGAGCAUCUUUGAACUGGAAACGAGGCUUCGGAACAUGCUAGUCACGGGCGAAAUUAAAGUGAUACUGAUUGAAUGCAGCGAACUCCGGGGAAUUAUGAACUACCAGGAGGUUGAGGCCCUGAAACACACCAUCAAGCUUCUCACUGUCAUUAAAUGGCAUGGGCCAAAAUGCAACAAGUUGAAUUCCAAAUUUUGGAAACGUUUACAGUAUGAAAUGCCUUUUAAGAGGAUAGAACCCAUCACACAUGAGCAGGUUUUAGAUGUAAGUGAGCAGGGGCCCUUUGGGGAACUGCAGACAGUCUCCGCAAUUUCCAUGGCUGCUGCCACCUCCACUGCUCUUGCCACUGCUCAUCCAGAUCUGCGCUCCACCUUUCAUAACACAUAUCAUUCACAGAUGCGCCAGAAACACUAUUAUCGAAGCUAUGAAUAUGACGUACCUCCUACCGGCACCCUGCCUCUUACCUCAAUAGGUAACCAGCAUACCUACUGCAACAUCCCUAUGACACUUAUAAAUGGGCAGCGGCCACAGACAAAAACUAACAGGGAGCAGAACCCGGAUGAGGCUCACACAAACAGUGCGAUACUGCCCCUCUUGCCACGGGAGACCAGUAUAUCCAGUGUCAUCUGGUGACAGAAAUGCAAGGGGACGUCAAGCCCCUUGAGUAGGAGCGGAGUCUGCAGUCCGGUGCCUGGAACUACAUCCUCGACUGCUGCUGUUAAACAUUACAAUCGAUAACAUACGAGGAAAAACAGGGUCUUGUACAUAUGUUUUUUGCAAUUUCUUUGUAGCAUCAGUCUUCCUGUUUUACCCAUGUCUCUUCCCAUUCACAUUUUCAACUUUGUUUUAUAUGUCAUUGGAAUUUGUAUAUUUACAUUUUUUUAAAUGAAGAGACUGCUGUAUAGAUAGGAAACUUUUUUGCUUCAUUAGUAUAGUUUUAGACUUUCAUUUCAUUUUGUUUUUAACCUCUCUUGGGAAUGCUUGGACAAAGCUAUGUUGAUACCAGAAGCACCAUCCAUUUUGUUGGCCUGCCUAGCCUGACACACGAAGGCCAUGCCUGCUGCAGUUCACCUCUUUGGAAUAAUAUUUGUUCUUAGAAGGACCCCGUCCCUCAAUGAGAGCUCCAGUUUCAUUUCUCCUCCCAUAAUGUGCUCCACUCCUUCCCUGGCCUUGCAACGGCCCCGUUCGGGGUAACACUGCAGUCCGAUCAUCUAACAUUUAACUUGGUAGAUACUCGUCAAACACCAGAAUAUACCCAGUCUGUAUCAGUUGCUUCACAGUAGUCACUACAUAUGUGUAGAAACUAGAGAUGGUCUGAUUUUUUGUUUCUUAGGGGGGAGGUUGCUUUGUUUUAAGAAUGAGUUGACUGUAUCCCUUUUAUAAAUAUAAAAGCGAACCCUAAUUUUAACUCUUCCUGGAAAAGCGUCAAUGUGGUUGCGGAUUUUAUUUUUAGGCUUUUGACGUUUUCCCUUUCCCCCUCCAAAUCCCUGCAAAUAAGACCAUUUGUAAUUGUCAGGCAAAUAAGGCAUUAGGCACUGAAGUGCAGUGAGUCCUGCUGAUAUUUACAGUGAUGACAUGCAAACCAAAGGGGAAUGAAAGGACACUGUCAUAGAUGGCUUGUCACUUUGUAUUAUAGAAAGUGUUAUUUUCUAAAAAAGUAAGAGCAAAACAUUAUUUUGCUGUGGAUUACAGAGUCCCCCUGUAUUUUAAUGUUUCACAAACUGUAUUUGCUUUAAAAUGAUAUAUUCAGGAUUAAGAAAUCUUCUUUCAUCUGGUUUCAGCUUGUAAUGAUAAGUAAAACUUUAUUAAUUUCAACAUGAUUUCAGUAAGAACUCAGGCAGAAAAAGACAACAUGAAUACCAACAAAUAUCAUUGUCUUAAGAAUAAAUAUUAUUUAUACAAAAUUAAUAUUCAAAUCAGACCUGGAAGUAUUAAAAACAAUUUAUUCACUUUAAUGAAUAAAUAAAUUAGUUUUAUUUUUUAUGUAUGAUUCCAUCUUUAAGGAGUUGCAAAUUACGUGUGUACCACAGCUGCCAGGGAAGGGAAAAAAAAAACCCACUACACUUAAUGUUGGAUAUCUUUAAGACAAAUGAAAUAAGCAUCUUACCCAUACUUAUCUUUUAAAUAAUGGAAAAGUCCUUUCUGGUUUUAGAAAGAGCAAGGAAAAGUAACUGUAAAUUUUAUAACUGUAAAAUGUAUUCAGGCCAAAUUCUCUGCUAGGCUCCGGGAGCUGGGGCAGUUCCUGCCAUGCACUGUCAUAUCAUCGUGGGUUUCGUUUACUCUGGCAGAAAUGUAACUGGAAUACUGGAAAAACAGAUCUAGCAGUCUAUUUCAGCAAUUAAUUGGCUUUAGGUGUUUUUAUGGUAGCUGACUGGUAUCGGCCAAUAUAAUGGAUGUGUGCGAUUUGUUCAUCCUAGUUGUCACAAUGAGAGAAGUACAGCUUAUAAUAUGGUCUUAUUAAUGAGAAGUGAUGGGUAGAGAGUGGGCAAACUGCAGUUUGGGGGAUGUUUGUGGGAGUAAUCCAGAAGUGACAGUGUGGGAGGAAAUGACUGUGAUCCUGUUGUGAAAGUCAAGAAAUCUCAGUAUCUGCAUAACAAGCUAACGGAGCUUUGGGAUGUGCACUGAUUUUUAUUUGCUUAAAAAUGUUUAUUUCUCUGACAAUUCGCGCGAGUCCUUUUCUACAAUCUGUUCUUUAUUACAGUGUCUCCCUCUGGACAUGUGCCAAAUGUCCGCAAAAUGGAAAUGAAGCUGCCAGGCCAGAUAAAAUUUUAAGACAGCUUUGCACAUUUGGUUAUUUUCAUACCGUAAGAAAGCUAUUAUUUAUUUGCUAUUACAGACACCUGUCAGGCACUGAUGGCAUUUUCCUUCAUUCAACUGGAUGCCAAAUACCCCUGUACCCUCAAAAAGCAAUGCAUUAUUCUUUCCCUUUUCCCUCCUCCUUACAUGCCCUGGGGUAAAGACUGGGAUGUGGAAUAAAUGUAGAAUGUAACAAUCUGACCGCAGUCACACUUAAGCCAUCAGUAGGUGUUUCUUUAGCCACACGGGGAGUACUUUUCUGUUGCUCUAUUUUUAGUGUAGAUUUAAGCACUUUGAAUAGCAUGAUUCAGGGAUUGAUGGGUACUAUUUGAUAUUCACAUUACUUAAAAAAGGGUUUUCUUAUACUGUUUUGUCAUAUUAAACAAAAGAAAAACAAAAAACACAAAAAAACAAAACCUGAAAUAAAUGGAGAAGCUGUCUAUGGCUUUAGAAACAUUCCUCCUUAGCAUUCCUCCUCUAUGAACAGCUCUGUGUGGGAGACAGUGAAGGAAACUGUUGUGUGUUCACGUGCUCUAUGUUUGACAAAAGUUCUGUUGGAACGCAAAAUAAAAUGAAAAAAAAAAACAAAACUGUCAUUGCCCUAGUGCUUAGGCUCCAUCCUUUUCUGAUGAAGGUGUUCUAGCAUUUGACAACGCAGCCUGAAGUGUGCAUGCAGUUGCCACAUGUGAGGUUUAGCCAUAAACCAACAGCACUUUAUUUUUAAGACUGUACAGUGUAAUGAUUGGAAAAACUUACUCUGCCUAGUCAAUAACUUCGGGUCUGUAUGUGGAUUCUAUGCACAUGAAUUAUCCAAGCAUGGUGCUUUGUCUUUCUAAGGCUCUCUUUUAUCAGGGUAAUCCUUGAUAUAAAACUAGAGGACUCUGUUGCACAACCUAUGGAAAUUCAGUAUAUGGGUCCUCCAGGCAGCACGUACAGCUGGACACAAAUGGAGGACCGUACAGUAUGCAGCUAAUUAGUGUGAAGGCAGAUUGCAUUGCUGGGUCUGAUUCUGUUCUCAGUUGCAACAGUGUAAAUUGGGAGUAAAUCUAAUAAAGCUGAACAAGUGUAAGAUUGAUUUGUGUGAGAGAGGAAAAUUGGAAAAGCAAAGAGAAAAGGAACUCACAGUUGCAGCCUGUGACAGAUUGAAAUCUUGACCACGAUCAAAGAAGUAGGAAAAUGUCUGCUGAAUUUUAGUGGGGGGACUCAGUCCUCACCUGCUGGCCAGUGUCAAAUGCUUCAGUAUCAUUCCUUUCAAUAUCACCUGGUUUCAAGCUAAAUGCGGUUAACCUUAUUUAUAUUUUUCUACUACUGCACAGCUUGUGUGGAUGUUACGUAAUGAGCAAAAUCAGCUUCAACAUAAUUGGAAAGCCUGUUAUACCCAUCUGAUUAAAAUUCACAGUUUUACUUGAAUAUUGUGCAUUAAUGACACGUUUAAAUUAUAGAUAAAGCAAUGAGAUUUGGGGGAAACUGUCCUGGUAAACAGGCUUCCUUUAUUCUUUAUGAGAAAAGAAAAGAAAAGAAAAGAAAAGAAAAGAAAAGAAAAGAAAAGAAAAGAAAAGAAAAGAAAAGAAAAGAAAAGAAAAGAAAAGAAAAAAGAAAAGAAAAGAAAAGAGAAAAGAAAAGAAAAGAAAAGAGAAAAGAAAAGAAAAGAAAAGAAAAGAAAAGAAAAGAAAAGAAAAGAAAAGAAAAGAAAAAAGAAAAGAAAAGAAAAGAAAAAAGUCAAGCUAGCAAGCCUAAGGAGAGUUUAAUUAAAAUCCAAAGAUGGGAAAAAAUCACAGCACUAAGGUAAACACAAAAAUGGUAUAAAGGCCAAUGGAGAAGAAAGGUCAAAAUAUCCACCCAUUUCCUGAGUGUACUGUGGCUUUUUCUGUCGUGCAAUGCUCUGCACUCUGGCUGACCUACAUAAAGCAACUGGCUGCUCUGGGGCUCCUCCAGAUAAACCAGCAACACAAAUACAGCCCUACAUUUCUAAUCACUUCUGAGCGAUUUUGUGUUUGCUGGUAGUCUAGCACAGACAGAGUUUUUGGUGUAUCUUCUAUUGUUGUGAUACAGAAGGUGGCAGAAAUCUGUCAGCACUCAAAAAUUUCCAAAACAGGCUUAGUUUAUUAUCCGGAGUAGCUGUAUUUCCUUUACAUUCACACCCAAUCUGAUUUGCUGCUAUUAGCAGCCUUUUCUUUUCUUUCUUCUUUUUUUUUUUUUUCCUUUCAUUUCUCAGCUGAGCAGAUUAAUUUGGCUGGAAUCAGAAAAAUAUCAGCAAAUUCCAAGCAGUGAGUGUCCUCGUAUAAUGACUGCAGCAAGUUCCUUCGCAUUUCUUUCUACCAGUCACAACUCUCCACCUCCUAAAUAUCCCACUGAGGGGCGGUUGGGGAAUGGGCAUUGUAACUUGUAUAUGUGCUGCAUUAGGAGGUUUGUACACUGAAUUUAAGUAUCAAUACCAAGCUGUCACUUUUGAUGUUAUUUUGCCAGGCCAUUUCCCAUCAACUCUGCCUGUAACCUCAAGGAAGAUAUGUUGGCAGCAUCACACUUCUCCAGCUGACCUUUGCUUGAUGUUCCAGAAACACAGAGCCUUGGGGAGUAAAACUAAUAGAAAUAUUUCUGCUAUUAAGAUUUCUCCUAUACUUUUUGUUUGUUUAAAUUGUAUUUGAGACAAUGCGUGAUCUUGCUCUGUACUAAUAAGCUGUAUGGGUGGGAGGUCAAGAGUCCACAGAGCUGUAUAAUAGAGCAGAAAAUACACAGACAGGUCUGAAACUUAUUUAAAAAAAUGUAUAAAUUCAGUGGUUGCUCAGUUUACUAAAAAUGCACAUGGAAAUUGGGGAUUGUUCAAGGAAGUAUUCUAUUUGUUAUUGCAACCAGCCACCUUCCAAAAGCUUAUCAGCUUGCUUACAUUAAAUAGCCAAUAUCUUAGAUAACAUAAUUUCCGAGACAUUCCAUUGCUAAUUAAAAUAUUUUUAUUUUGGUGGAUUAAGCAUAGCAUGAUUUUCUAGCAUCUAAAUGUUAUAUGAAAGAGAUAAUCUUUAUCUAGUCCUGAGCUUACAGAAAGUGCACACAUCUCUCUGCCGGGUGACUAGUGUGAGAAAAACAAUGUGGAGUAAAAUCUGAGAGCUAAGAAGCUAAUGGAGAAAUUUUUAUUAUUUUUUUGUUAAGAAAUCUCUCUCACCGGUCAAAGCACGACAGAAGGAAUGCACAAAUUGCUCCAAAAAUAAAACGGAUGUGCUUUUUAACCUUCUCUUUCUCUUUUUAGCCUAUAUUAGCUUUCUCUCUGCCUCUCCAAACAAUACAAAAUCACCAGCUGUCCUCCAGGAAAAAUUAAUAGCUACCAAGCCCACACUCUCAAACGCACCUGGUGGCAGAGAAGGAAGCUCCAGUGGGAUCAAGGGGCCAAGCACUGGGCUUCAGCACGGAGCCCUCGUGCACCUGCACAGGGAGAGGCACCGCCGUGCUUAGCUGCUGCUCCCGUGCUGGUGGGAGCGCAGAGGAGCUAUAGGCUCAACUCAUCACCACACUUCUCCCCGCUAUAGGCAACAUGCCGAGAAGGUGGGAAGGCCUCAAUAUGACUGACAGUAAAUCCAAGAGCCAUCAGCAGGGCUGAGAGCAGGUCCUUUGCCACGUAAGCGGCAAGAAGCGCGGGAGCAGGCGGCAGCGGUCCCGAUUUGCUCAGCGUGCAAAGUGAAAGCCAGCACUGAGCCUUGGAAGAGGUCAGCUUACUCGGUUAGGGUGCAAUCCUAUGAAUGAAGGUUGCGGGCGAUUCCCAGCCAGACCUGCUAGCCCUGCCCCUGAGCUUGCCCCUGGCCACUCUCAUUCCUGCUCCUCUCUCCGUAUGCCUUGUGGGCUGCGUAACAAAGGGAGAGUGCGCUAAGCUUGCUGUGAGCCUGCGAGAACUCUUUACAUAGACGUUUAGGGUGAGUAGGUGUCCACUCUCCUGAGAAGAGACUUACAGGAGCAAAGCUUUGAUUUUGUAAACAAUCUUCCUUUUUGUGCUCGGUUCACACACCAUUUUUUACAUCCCCUUAGAGAGCUCAUGUGAAGCAGCAUCCUGAUACUGGCCUGAAGUUCCUGUGAAGUGAAAAGAAAGUCUAAAAAACGGUCAGUUGUGGGCUCUAUAUAUUUUCACCUAUGCAUCUGCCAUUAAGCUGCAGAGUCUGAUCACACAGUUGAAAAACAAAAAUAAGCAAAGCAAAGGGAAAUAACAAUGCAAUUACUAAAUCCUGUUUCAAACUGUUUUUUUGAGGGUCUGUGUUUUCAGAGCAAGCUAUUUUCUCCUGCAGUUUUGUAGGAAGUUAGCUGAGAGACUGUUUUAAAUUUUCUUUUCACUGUUUGCAUGACAGGUAAAUCACAGAUUUUAUUUGUUUUUUAGAAAGUCCCAUUCUUCCCUGCAAGUUUAACAGAAAAAUAGCAAUGAAUUUACAGACUUAGAAGAAAUUGUUUGCCAGAGUCAAUAUUCUCUGGUGAACAGCUCACUGCAGCUCUAAUUGCGUUCUUAGGGACAUUUCAGCAGACAGUUUAAACAAUUAAUAUUAUACAUGUAACUUCAGCGUCACAUUAGAAUGUUGUACAUUUGUCUUCUUAAAACCCAAGAAACUUCAAAUGGGACAAUUAUGUAAAUAUAAAGCAGAGAGGCAAACAGCCACGCAACUCUCUUGUCUAUCUUAGCAAAAUAGUUCGGUGUCAUCAGGCUCCUUCCCUGAGAUCACUAACCUAUGUCUACCUCAGCAAAACACAUGAAUCUUUUCAAAACAUAUGGUAAUCUAGGGAAAAACUUUUGCAAUAAGCGCUCUUGCAUCUGAGUUACAUCCCAAAAAGCACUUUUGUACUUUCUCAUGUCUACAUGAAGAUAUCUUAACAUGCAAUCAUUUAAUCAUAGAACAGUAAAACUAAACAAAAUAAGUAACCCUUUCAUAAAAAAUUGAGGGCGACCCAGACACCUGGUUUUGUUCACGGGACCACGUUCUCCAUGUGUUGCAGGACAACACUGACAAGACAAACCUGUAACUAGGCCAUUGCUGGUGACUCUGUGACACAGUUACAUAGGUGCAGGUGACACAGGUGGGAGAAGUAGAGUGAAGACAUUUCCUGGUCAUGUAAUGACCAGGUGUAUUGUACACUCAUCCACUGCUUGUGCUGCCAUGGGGGAUUACAGACACCCUUUGCCUGGAGGACAUUAGAUACUCAGAAUUUCCCGGGUACUACCUUCGUCUCCUGGGUGUUAUCUGAAGCCAUUUUUAUUGUCUUCUUAGAAACAGGAGAUACUUGUUCAAGGUGACAGGAGCUACCUGAAUGACAGAAACAUCUGCCAGAAUUGCUGUCACUGUAGAUAACGAUCAGCGACAGCAGGGUUCGUCUCCUAUUUUCUCCUCUUGCCUUUUUACUCUUCUCAUCUCCUAAACAAAACAGAUUAUGAAUAGCUCUCAAUGCAACAAAGUGAUAGGAAAAUAGAGUUCCUAAGCUGCUUUUUUCUUUUUUUUUUUUUCACUGUUAGAUAUUUGAACAGAGAAAAUCAGGAGCAGAGACUGCAUUUGGAUGGAAUGACACCUGCCAAAUUGUUCUUUAAGAAACAAUGAAAAAUUAUCUGGUCAGUAAUCUUUGGCUUCUCACCUGUUAUGCUUCUUUCAAGAUGCUGAUAAACUGCAAUCUAGGGUUUAAAGGGUUGAGGACAGACUGAACUGCAUAUUCGCAUUAUUUUCAGGGUGCUUUCAAUCCCUGUAGUUCCCCAUAUUUUUUUUCUUCAUAAUGGAAGAAGACAGUAGGACUGAGGUACUGUUGUGCUACGUUGGUUUAGUGCUGGCAUAAUCACAUUAGGAAGAAUGAAACUGAGCUCUGAAGAACUGGAAUAAGGUAGACAUGAACUGGGCCAAAAAUCUCCUAUUGCACCAUUUCAAAGAGCUGCCAGAUUUCCUCAGCUCCCACGUUGACCCCAAGGUGUCAAAAGGGAAAAUGAUGCUUUCAGGUGCCAAAGUACAUGGAGUCUCAGAAACACUGAGUGAACCUGAUGCCACACACCCAUGGAAAGAUCAGGUUGAUGUGAGAUGACUCAUUUCUACCACCUCAUUGCUACCUGUUGGCUUGCUAAGGUUCUCCAAAGAUGUGAAAAAAAAAUAAAAUCAGCUAUUUCAAAGCCGAGGUGAAUCAGUAGAAAUGUAUAAUGUCAUUGAUUGUUUCAAAUAGCUCACCUGGGCACACAAAUCUGCCCCUUUUUUCUGUUCCUCCUCCUGUCCUUUUGCCCCAGAUAAUCACUGAUUAUAACUUAUUCUGAGUGUCUUGUAAAGAUUUGAUCUAGUGUUACUGUAUUAUUCAGCAAACACAGAAAUAGAUUUAAUAUAACAUCUUGGUAUCAUCGUGAAGGUUUGUAGACUCGUUAAUCGUUUUUCAUCUUAUCCCCAUCUAGUAACUCACAAUAUUAAGACAGGGAGCUGUCAAGCACUGCUGCACGGUGCUGGGGCAGUGGUACAACAGCCAACACAGUUAGUCAGGUAGAACCACUAAAAGACAAAAUAUUCAUCUCAGCUCUUACAAGAAAAAUGGAAUUAAAUUCUUCUCCCAGCAAUACAUCUGAAAUCCACUGAUGCCACCCACAAUUUUGAGUCAGAUAUGAAUUUUGCACAUAAAGUACAUUAUUGUCUGUGCAGUUGUUAGUGUUAUGUGGCUAUUCAUGAUAUUUGAAGUUAUGCAUAUGCACCAUUUUGUGGGUAAAUAGUUUUAUUAGAAUAAAGUACAUAACUGUACUUCCUUUAGAAGAUAAGAAAACAAAAUGACCAAAAAGUCCUUUACAAGAAAGAACAUGUGCCUACCUUGCAACAGUAGAAGAAAUAUUUCACUACCUUCCCUUUAACUAAACAGCUAUAAAUGUAAUGCAAAUAAAGAACCAAGUCUGUGGAGAAAUGUUUUAGUCUAAUGUCAGCUGCAGCAUCUUUUUACCAGCAGCAAUUUGUCCAGUGGAUUUAGUUUCUUUAAUUUUAUUCAGUUAUUUUAUUGAGCUCAAGGGGAGCUGGCUGCACCUACGUAACAACACAACUCAAGCAGAAACAGUCACUUCCUGGGAGUGCACUAUUCAAAGUUAAUAGCUAGAUAAGCAUCUCACUACGGCACUUUAUUGCUAAAGCUGUCAGCUGACCUUCCACAAUCCUGGGAACAGGCUAUAGACCCGCACUCUGCAUCUCCUAUUGAAUCCGUGCACAUACAUUGCAGAUAUAAAUGAGUAUUUACCAACUUAAAAAUGUUGUGCAUGGAGGGAAUGGAAUAAGCAAGUGCCAUGUUGGGCUUUGGGAUCAUUCUUCUUCAUUUGCUCAAUGGUAGGUAAAAGUCAAAAAUAAUUCUGCUCAAGUCAGCAGAAUUGCCGCCAUGUAUAACUGGUGUAAAGAGGAGCAGAAUCAGGCCCAGUGUUUGUAAACAUGGAUUUCUGGUUAUUCUAUAGACUAACUGAGGAUGCAGAACCAUUGUCUUUUCCGAAUAGCCAUUGCUAUUGUCAUAGAAACCAUAGAUUAACACAUUCUCACAAAGGCUUUCUUAAAGGCCAGAGAUAUGACUAAAGGCUGGAAGAUAUGCCUCUUUCUUUAUACACUUUGUGCAACAUCACUGAAGUGAAAACAGAAACACUAAAGUAGACAUACAUCAGCCUAUAUUUAUGUGUAUUGUAUAUUAAAAUAUUUUACCUAAAGAUAUUAACUUAUAUUUAUUUUUUAAAAAAAUUAGAUGGGUCAUAGUUGAGAGCUACUGCAUUUUUGUAGUAAUACUAUACAUGUUUCUGAGGAGCAAAAGGGAAGUGAUCAAAAUGUUACCUAGUUUCAGUGUAUGUUACUUUAAAGAGAACAUGUUUUAUGUUAUCCUACACCUCUAAAAACUUCACCAAGCCUAAUACAUAAAACUGAACAGCUUCUUGUAACAAGUAUAACAUAUUAAGCAUUUUGUAUUUUCAUCACUUUUUAUUCUUAAGGGAGAAAAGACAUCACUCACUAAAUAUGAAUGCUGCACAUGUUAGCAAUAGAAAUAUUGAUUUUUGUAACUUUGAUUGCACUUGCCUUAACUUUUCCAUAUAUAUAUAUAUAUACAAACACAAACAAACACGCAGAGGAAAAGAAAAAGAAAAAAAAGAGGAUUAAAGGAAAUAAAAUCCACAAAUGUAGGCAAGUUCUGUACCGGAUAUACUUUUUG